GGCAUGUAAGGUGCGGUUGCCCACACCAACGCUCUAAAAAACGAAAGCGGUGCAUAUCUUGUAUUAUAUGCUUUCAUAGUUUCAUCCUCCGUCUCCUUCACUUCAUUCUCUUACCUGAAAAAUCGAGGAUCAUCAGUCUUAAUCUUAGAUCUUGUCCUAAUAGGUGUUGCGGUUUUUCGAAUAGUUUGCAUGUGUGUUCUUUUGUUAGUUUUUAUUCGUAUGAACAUAUGCACAUUGUUGAGUGAUAUCCUGAUCAAUUUCAUAACUCUUUCCACUGAAAUUCUUUGUUUAUCUGAGCUUGGCGAUUUGCCUUUGAAUUUAUAAUUAGGAAUUAAGAAACCCCAAAGCGAUUCUUCUCAAUACAUUGCGUAUAAACCCUAGUGUCUUACAAUUAGGCAAAAAUUUGAAUCUUUUCUUUAACGUCUUAACAUCCAAAUUGAAUAUAGAUGAGGACGCUACAAUUAAGAAACAAAAACAACGAACAAAUCCACCUCCAACUUUCCUUUUUUCCUUAGUUUUCUUUUGGAUAAACGAGUUAACUUGUUGAUAAAACACGAUUCCAUUGAUUUGUAGGGAAGAAGCGACAAAAUGCAUAUGGAAUUUGAAGACUAUAUAACUGAUCUCCCCCAAAGUAUUAUCGAAAUCAUACUAACAAAACUUCCAUUGAGAGAAGCUGUAAGAACAAGUAUAUUAUCUUCUAAAUGGAGAUACAAAUGGGCUACACUUACACACCUUGAGUUUGAUGACAAAUGUGUAUCCGGGACCCACGAUAGAUCACUUGCAGAAACCAAUCUUGUAAAAUUUAUAACUCGGUUUCUUUUUCUUCAUGAUGGACCUAUCAAUAGAUUCUCUCUAUCUACAGCUUAUUUACAAAGCUCCCCUGAUGUAGAUCAAUGGCUGCUUUUCUUAUCAAGAAAAGAUGUUAAAGAAUUGCUUCUUGAGUUAGGUGAAGGCGAGUGGUUUAGAGCACCUUCAUGUCUUUUCUCAUGUAAAAAAUUGAUUCGAUUGGAGCUUGUUAGAUGUGAGUUAGAUCCUCCAUUAUCUUUCAAAGGGUUCCCAUAUCUUAAACACCUUAAUCUUCAACAAGUUCUUAUUGCUCCUGAAGCUGUUGAGAAUUUUAUCUCGGGUUGCACUCUUCUUGAAAGUUUGACUUUAUCGUAUUUUGAUAGUUUAGAACUCACAAUUCGUGCUCCAAAUCUAAAGUUUUUAAUCUUGGAAGGUGAGUUUAAAGAUAUUUGUCUUGAAAAUACUCCAAAAUUGGUUGCUAUAUCUGUUGCUAUGUACAUGACUGAUGAUAUUGCUGAACAUUUUGGUCAAAGUUCAAGUUGUAAUUUUGAUAAGUUUCUUGGUGGUGUUCCUUCUCUUCAAAGACUCAUUGGACAUAUUUACUUUACAAAGUAUAUGAGUAUAGGCAACACCUUUGGGAAAACAGAGAUGACAUACAAACAGCUAAAAGUUAUUGAAUUGUAUCAAGUAAGCUUUGAGGAUAUGAAAGAAAUAAUGGUGGUUCUUCGAUUGAUUCUAAAUGCUCCUAAUCUUCAAGAACUUCAAAUUUCGGGUUCAUCGAAUUCAACAUCUGCAACAGAAGCUAGGGAUUUGGAUUUUUGGGAGAAUGAAUGGCCUUUUGAGUGCAGAUUUGAAAGGCUGAAGAUGGUGAAGAUGACAGAUAUGUCUGGUGUUCCACAUGAAAUGGGAUUCAUAGAGCUUUUACUUGGGAGUUCACCUGUUCUUGAGACUAUGAGCAUCACUCCAAGUGUUUAUAUGACUGAAGGAAGAACAAGAUUUUUGAUUCAGUUACUCAGGUUUAGAAGAGCAUCAUCAGGAGCUGAAAUCAUAUUUCUUCAAGAUCAAGUGUAGAUCUUUACAACAUUUAUUAUCUCAUGAUUGUAACUUGUUACAUGCUGAUAUGCAAAUCAAAGACUUGUAUGGAUUUAUGAACUCUGUGUUGAUGGCAUUAAGGUUUAUGGAGCUGAAAUCAUAUUUCUUCAACACAUGCUAUCCUCUCAAUAAUAAUGAAGUUUUUGCAUGUUCUUGAUCCAAACCCAAAAGGAAGAUACAUUUUGGAUGAG